AGACUCCUUACGCCUGCCAAGUUACUACCUAGUCCUUAAGACACAUGGUGCUCUUCGUACACUCAGUCUGGGCUCAUACUUGUAUAAUUUUUAUUGAUUAUUGAUAUUGUAUUGACAAUUGUUGUUAUGGCCCAACAUGAGAUCUCCCAGAUUGCAAACGCGUUUACCUCCCUGCCACCCCAGGCACGACAGACUGCGUUGGACCAGCUGCUCGAUGCUCUCCAUACGAACGAAUGGCGCGAGCUGAAUAGGCGGGCCACACACGCCCUGCAACGCGACAUCGUAGGCUGCCUGCCGUUGGAAAUCGUUGUUGAGAUUGCUCAGUAUCUGGAGCCCCGCGAUAUCCUCCGUUUCCAAAGAGUUUCGAAAAGAUGGAGAACUGUUCUUUCAUCCAACAAUAUUUACAUCCCGAUUCUGCGCUUCUACGGUGUGCCCACGCCUGACCUGCCCACCACUGAGCUCGUCCACACCAUUUGUGAGCGUAGAUAUCGUUUAGAAAAAGGCUCACCGUAUGAUGAAGCGCUGUAUCCGUGGCUAGAUGGCCCGGAUUAUCUGCCGACACCAAGUCCAGAGGUCGUGUCGUACUGUUCGGGCAAGCUAGCAUGGGUGUCACGCGAUGAGAGACAAGUCUUUGUUCGGGACUUGCAGUCUGGGACUGUGAAGGCAUUCUUCUCCGAGAGUCGAGGGACUAUCGUACUAGUCCAUCUUUCUGAGACCUUUCUAUAUGCCGUUUCUUCAGGAUUCCUUAAUGUGUGGGACUUGACCACUGGACACACCAAAUCUGCAAGAAUGCCUUCUUCUAAGGUUGUUGAAAUCAACACCCAUGGCGACCGUGCCGUCAUUAUCCUCCACACCCAUCCAAUUCAGCAUAUGCUACUCAGCUGGCAUUUUGAGAGUGGAAGCCUAGGCUCUACUCUCAUCGAGGGUGAACCGAUGUUGUUCUGCUGGGACAAAAGUGCAACAACAAUUGACGUCGUCAUCUUAGAGGUCUUGGAGGUAAACAAUGUACGCCCUGCGUGUUGGUUCGCCAAGAAGAGGUUCUCUGUAGCAGAUGAUACCAUCACCCUUCUUGAAUACAAGCCUCUGGCAAGCCCAAUCAAUAACUAUAUUAGCCCCCCUUGGAUCCACGUCCUCGGAGUCACAUCGUAUCGACACAAAAACUACUCGUGCCGUUACGGAACCACCGUCUGCCAAAUCAUUCCCUCCACACCCUCCACCCUACGUUUCCGUCUGCCUCACGAAAUAUACAUCUCUUACUGCGCGCAAUCCGACCGACUAACUGUCCUUGAGUUAGACAAUGAUUACUCCAGCGCUAUUGGGAAGAGCGGUCAUCUGAAAUAUCCAGGUAGUUCAAACCAAGCCCGAUUACUAUCACCCGAUGGCAUCAUCUACCUGAUCUUCGAGGACUCUGGGGAACUAUGGAUAAAGAAUAUCCUUACAGCGAAAAGCAAUCUCGCAGAGUUCUCCCCACGAGCCCACGACUAUAUAAUGACUCGGAACACUCUCGCGUUCGGGGAUCAUCAGCUUUUUGGUAUGAUCAGCGUGAGAGGGAUCGCAGUGUGGUCGUUUGAUCCGGAAUUGAGGCUUUAUAAGAACAUAUCGGCUAAUCCACCAAAUAAUGUACAGUAGGGUGACAAAGUUUGAAUAUCGCACCGCCAAAGUGUCUGGAAUUGGGUAUAGACUUUCAAUACUAAUAAUAUUUCACCUUUUUUGU